AAGUCGAGGGGUUCGGACCUGCGAGCGCUCAAGGGAACAUUAUGAGAAUGCGAUGGGUGAGUGCUGGAUGAUCGAGUGGGUUGGCGACUCGUUGAAGGCUGCAAGCCUGUAGAGGCGCCUCCAGCAGAGGCCGGAGCCACCAUUUCUUAGGGGCGACAAUGGAAUCGAGGCGAGAGAGAAUUUGCGCGUGGUUUACCGCGGACGGAAGGGGGCCAGCAUCCGAUGCGAAAAACACAUGGAGGAGGGCCAGAUCAACCCAAGUAAAAGAAGAGAAAGCCGGUCAGCAGAGAGUGGGAGGAGGGAAGAAGAGGGAUGAGAAGAGAAGGGAUCGGGGGGGAGGAUGGAAUUCAAGAGUCCCGUAGCAGGGGUGUUUUCCGUAGGGUAGGGAAAUAGUAGUAGGGAAGUAGGAGGUUUAGUUUAGAAAAUGGGGGUUGAGAUUUAGCAGUCGUGACGAUUGGAGGGAAUUGACCGUAGCCGGAAGUAGUCCUAGUAUGGUAGUUCGCAGGGAAGCCACUUGGAGCCAAACCAAGUCGUAGUUGAUGGGGCACAGCUUGGGCUUGGAGCUGACUAAAUGACAAUCAUAGAUGAAGAAUGAUCGUCUAGAUAGUCAGCCUAGUCUGGUUAUCGAGGUGUAAGUAAGUAGUAGUAGUAGUUGUAGUAGUAGAUAGAUAGGAAGUAGUAUCCAGAAGGAAGUUGUUCCUAUCCACAACUUUCCCCCGUCCCGUCAGACCUGGACUGGAGAAAAGAGGACCACCACCCCAAGUGGAUCGGCAACUGAAGAAAAACAAUCAGAUCCCGAAUCCGUCUGGAGUAAAAUAAGAAGGAAUGGAUGGAACGGAAACUAGAGGAAAUAUGCUAAGGGGAAGAAGGUGUGCAGAAAAAGGGAAAAAGAUAGGAGAGGGAAAAUAGAAAGGAUAAAUUGAGACAAAUGGAAGGGGAAAAAAAAAGCAAAUGGGUGAGAAAAAAAAAAGGAACGUACUUCGUAGGAAGUUAAGAAGCAGCAGCAAGUCAAGCCAAG